UGGCAUCCUUCUGUGUUGAGUGGGCGCACCCUUGGGUGAGGGGAGCACUAUAGCAAUUGUGGUACAAAUCGGCAGAACCAGGACGCAAGGCCUCGAAGGUCGGGCACACAGUAGGCACCUAUAUUCGUUCAGUGAAUAAAUGAAUCUACUCUUUAGAACUCUGCUCAAAAUCACCGCCUCCAGGAAGCCUUCGAGUCUCCUCAACUCCCUCCGCGAAUCCCGCACUUGUGAAGCGGCUUCUCCCCGCCCCGGCGCUCGGCCAGGUACACAGUAGGCCCGAGAAACUUCUGGGGUUAACUAGGGAUGGCGCUUGGGAUAGGCAAGCGAGGCUGACAGUCUUUGCUGCCUCGAGGUUCUUUCCCUGUGGCGUCUCCACGUUCCCACGCAAAAUCUGCUGUGCUUUGCCGGAAAUCUCUCCUUUAACGUGUGGACUGCAGGACCGCGCGGAGCCAGUUCCGGGGAGACUCAGAACUCGUAUUCCCAGAAUGCCCUAGUUUAUUUGCAUCUUUCGGUCCCGAGUGACGUCUCGUGAGUGAGGCCGCAUCUCGGCCAAUGAGCUUCCGCGGGGUGUUAGGACCUGGCCAUAUAAGGAAACUACUUUGCUUCACACUUUUUCAUGGGAGGUGAGAAAUUUGACACUCCCCACCCUGAAGGUUACCUCUUUGGAGAAAACAUGGAUCUGAACUUCCUGGGCAAUCGCCCAGUCCAGUUUCCCUAUGUCACCCCCGCCCCCCAUGAGCCGGUGAAGACGCUGAGGAGCCUGGUGAACAUCCGAAAAGACUCACUCCGGCUCGUGAGGUACAAAGAUGGUGCCGACAGUCCUACUGAGGACAAUGAGAAGCCCCGUGUCCUCUACAGCCUGGAGUUCACCUUUGAUGCUGAUGCUCGGGUGGCCAUCACCAUUUACUGCCAGGCGGUGGAAGAAUUUCUAAAUGGGAUGGCUGUGUACAGCCCCAAAAGCCCUGCCCUACAGUCGGAGACCGUCCACUAUAAGAGGGGAGUAAGCCAGCAGUUCUCCCUGCCUUCCUUCAAGAUCGACUUCUCAGAGUGGAAGGACGAUGAGUUGAACUUUGACCUGGACCGGGGAGUGUUUCCAGUCGUCAUUCAGGCCAUGGUGGAUGAAGGAGAUGUUGUGGAGGUGACUGGCCAUGCCCAUGUACUGUUGGCUGCUUUUGAAAAGCAUGUCGAUGGUAGCUUCUCUGUGAAGCCAUUAAAGCAGAAGCAAAUUGUAGACCGGGUCAGCUACCUGCUACAGGAGAUCUAUGGCAUCGAGAAUAAGAACAACCAGGAGACGAAGCCUUCAGAUGAGGAGAACAGUGACAACAGCAAUGAAUGCGUGGUGUGCCUGUCAGACCUGCGGGACACACUGAUCCUGCCCUGCCGCCACCUGUGCCUGUGCAACUCUUGUGCCGACACGCUGCGCUACCAGGCCAGCAACUGCCCCAUCUGCCGGCUGCCUUUCCGGGCCCUUUUGCAGAUCCGGGCAGUGAGGAAGAAGCCAGGAGCCCUGUCCCCCGUUUCCUUCAGCCCCGUCCUGGCCCAGAGCAUGGACCAUGACGAGCACUCUUGUCCCUUUAAAAAAUCAAAGUCGCACCCUGCCUCACUGGCCAGCAAGAAACCUAAAAGGGAAACUAGCUCUGACAGCGUCCCGCCGGGCUAUGAGCCCAUCUCCCUCCUUGAGGCGCUCAACGGCCUUCGGGCCAUCUCCCCGGCCCUCCCCUCGGCUCCCCUUUAUGAAGAGAUCACCUACUCGGGCGUCUCAGAUGGCCUAUCCCAGGCCAACUGUCCACUUGCUGGACUUGAUCGAAUCAUGGAAAGCAGCCACCAGAAGGGCAAGUCAAGGAGCAAAUCCCCCGACAGCACCCUGCGGUCCCCAUCCUCCCCCAUCCAUGAAGAGGAUGAGGAGAAGCUCUCCCAGAACUCGGAUGCCCCUCCCUUGCCAAGUGCAGCCGGGCUGGUGCUGAGCAGCUCCCCAGAGAGUUUCCUCACCGAAGAGGUUGAUGAGAGGUCAUCGCUGAAGCAAGGGAGCCGUGUACCCUCCAUUGAGAACGUCCUACAGGAUGGCAGCCUUGAUCCCUGUGGCUGCUGCCAGCCUGGCCCACCUACUGACAUCUACCUUCCAGCCCGGGGGUCCGACUCCUGCUCUGUUGGUAUAGAGGAGUAAGCUGGAUGGUCCACUUCCAUGGAGAUGCCCUGAAGCCUCCUCACCACUGGCCCCACCUGGCCUCUGCUUGGUGACCCCAACUGUGACAUGGGGGCCACUGACCUGACUCCAUUCUGAGAGCCUGACCAGGCUGGCAGCAUGGAGCCCUCAGCUCCCCGGACUUUGCUGAGGGGCUGUCCAGACUCCAGUGAGACUCCUGGUCUCUCCUAUCUGCACACCCUUCAUAGCCACAGCUCUGAGGGGCCCUGCGACCCUUGAUUGAAGAGCACAGUGGACUGUCCCCUCUGACAAACCCUUUUUUCUGUGGUCUCUGUAUUUGUAAAUGGUACAAGAUGAAGGACAGAACCUUUCUGUCUCAGGCAGUGAGCUCUGGGGUUCCCCCAAAUGCCUUGUCAGCUGAGUAGCUGGGGCUGGGGGCAAGCCGCCCACAUGUCCCAGAUUGGCUUUAUCCAGGCUCCCAGCCACUGGGGGGUUGACACCCUGAGAACUCAGCAAACUGGCGGGAGAGAAUUUAUUGGGGGGGGUAAAGUACUUGUCUUCACAGGAAUUAUUACUGGGGCACUUGUCAGGGAAGGAGAGGAGGUGGGGUCCGAGUCACAGUCAAUGAAGGAAACAGUGCCUGUCCCCUCCCCCUAUGUGUGUGGCCUGGCUGGCACUGCUGCUUUGUGCCCUCCGUUGCCUCCCCUUCCUGCUCAGGUCUGCCUCCCAUAGCUUGCAGCCCUUACCCACAGCCCUGCCCUCUGGGCAGCCCAGGUUUCUGCACUCCAGGCCUGGUGUGGGUUCCGGUCUGGGUCUGCCUAAGGGCAGAGGUGCAGGUGCACAGCCUGUUUGCAGCAAUUGGUCUAGUGGCCCCUCUCCAAGUCCUGCACUUUCUCAGAAGUGGCUUUGCACAUAUCCUCAGACCUCCACCAGGUGUGGGAGCUUAUGCUCAACCGGUCCACUUAUUCUGGGAAGGACCUGAGCAACUUUUCUGCUCCCUCUGUGCCAUUUAAAGGUCACUUUAUGUUUCUUCCUAAUUUGUUUGGGGCUCCAGGGACCUGCCUGGGGGAGGAGGACCCCCAUCUGAGUUGGCCUCGCCCUUUUUUUUUUUUUUUUUUAGGAUAAACCACCUGGGCAACAAAAAGGCAGAGGUGUUACCCAGCCCUGGUGCAGCAGGGCACAAGCUGCCUCAGCCAGGGACCUCGGCCUGGUGUGUGGGUGAGCCUGUGCAGCUCCCCACCCCAGGAUUGGGGGUUGCCAAGAAGCUCACUUUCUGAGGAUCUCCCCUGGGAAGGAUAAUGGUUCUGGUUCUGGGGUGGUCAGCAGCUGUCCACAGAGCAUCUGCACAACUGAGGGCUUUGUCCGGUGGGGUCCUUGUUCUCUCUCCAGUUGGACCUGUGAGCAGAGCUGCCUUACGCAUAGCUCCCGGCCAUGCUCAGGCCACCUUCCCUGGCUGUUUGGCUCUGUGUGUAGCCUCCCCUCUCCCCCACUGGUGUGCUAAUUGGUGCAUGCCAGCGCACACACAAGCUGGCCAUCUCUCUUCUCUGCCCCUCAUCACCUACCAACACCCUGGCCUCUCUCCAUUGGUAUUGGUGCCAGUACUCUGAAGGACAGGAUGCAGACUGCCCUGUCUUGGACUUACACGUGCUAUCAUUUGAUGUAUUCUGACUGGCUAGUUUUUGUUCGUUUUUACUGUAUAUUUAUAGUAAUAAAAUAAUGCAGCAUUA